AUGAGUUUCACGGCACUACUUUCACACACGUUUGACUCAUUUACUUAAGAAGUUGGUAGCCUACUAAAAAAAACUAUGUUGACAAACGUUUCUAUCAUGUGACCUGCACGGUCACAUGACCGUAGUCGUUUCCGAUAGAGUCCUCGCGCCUGUUUAUCGACGAGCAGCAGCCAACUGCAAGAUGCCGUCCAACAAGUCCGUGUCGGACGCCCCCAUCACUCAGCUGGUCAACUGCCGGAUCCUCAGGGACCACCGACUGCAGAGGGAGGACCUGUGGGUGCGUGAAGGGAAGAUCCUGGAUCCCGAGAAGCUGUUCUUUGAUGAGAAGGCGUACGCUGACGAGCAGGUCGACUGUCAUGGCGGCAUCGUGGCUCCGGGCUUCAUCGACGUCCAGAUCAACGGAGGUUACGGCGUCGACUUCUCUCGGGCCUCUGAUGACGUCGGCGCCGGCGUGGCUUUGGUGGCCCAGAAGGUUCUGGAGCACGGCGUCACGUCCUUCUGCCCCACGCUGGUCACGUCCCCCACGGAUGUCUACCGCAAGGUCCUGCCCGGGGUCAAGGUGGACGAUGGCGGUGGGCACGGUGCGGGCGUACUAGGGGUCCACCUGGAGGGUCCCUUCAUCAGCGUGGAGAAGAAGGGCGCCCAUCCCGAGCGCUUCCUGCGAACCUUCCGCUCCGGGGACCUGGCGGACCUGACCCAGGUCUACGGCAGCCUGGACAACGUCGCCAUGGUGACGCUGGCCCCCGAGCUGGAGGGCAGCCUAUCGGCGGUGAGGGAGCUCCGCCGUAGGGGCGUGACCGUGUCGCUCGGACAUUCCGUGGCCAACCUGUCCCAAGCGGAGGAGGCGGUCCGGCACGGCGCCUCCUUCAUCACCCACCUCUUCAACGCCAUGCUGCCCUUCCACCAUCGAGACCCGGGCAUCGUGGGCCUGCUGACCAGCGACCGGAUCCCCGAGGGAAGGAGCGUGUUUUACGGGAUGAUCGCUGACGGGAUCCACACGCAUCCCGCCGCGCUGCGCAUCGCCCACCGCGCUCACCCGGCAGGUUUGGUGUUGGUGACGGACGCCAUCGCCGCCAUGGGCCUUCCUCCGGGCCGCCACACGCUGGGCCAGCAGGUCAUCCAGAUCCAGGGUCUGCACGCCUGCCUGGAAGGCACGCAGACGCUGAGCGGCAGCAUCGCCACCAUGGACAUGUGUGUGCGCCACUUCAAACACGCCUCAGGCUGCAGUGUGGAAGAAGCUUUAGAAGCAGCAUCGCUUCAUCCUGCUCAACUCUUAGGAAUCAGCCACCACAAAGGAACCCUGGACUUUGGCUCCCACGCAGACGUGGUGUUGCUGGACGAGUCUUUGGACGUGAGGGCCACAUUCAUCGGCGGACAGGAAGUGUGGAGGAAGAAACCACGGAAGAAGACUGACCUCUGACCUCUGGCGCCUUCUCCCAUCAUCAUUUCUUUCGUCAGUGCCAUGAUUUCCUGCUGCACCUACCAAAAUAAAAGGUUGCCCUUCA